GAGUUAAUGAAACAGCUGAAUAUAAUUCAGAAUGCAGAGGCUGUGCACUUUUUCUGCAAUUAUGAAGAGAGCCGAGGCAAUUACCUGGUCGAUGUGGAUGGCAACCGGAUGUUGGACCUAUACUCCCAGAUUUCCUCUGUUCCCAUAGGCUACAGUCACCCUGCUCUCCUGAAGCUGAUCCAACAGCCUCAAAACGCGAGCAUGUUCAUCAACAGACCUGCCCUCGGAAUCCUUCCUCCGGAGAACUUCGUGGAGAAGCUCAGGGAGUCCUUGCUCUCGGUGGCUCCCAAAGGGAUGUCCCAGCUCAUCACCAUGUCCUGCGGCUCCUGCUCGAAUGAAAAUGCCUUUAAGACAAUCUUCAUGUGGUACCGGAACAAGGAAAGGGGUCAAACGGGUUUCUCCAAAGAGGAGCUAGAGACGUGCAUGAUCAACCAGGCCCCCGGCUGCCCCGAGUACAGCAUCCUCUCCUUCAUGGGCGCGUUCCACGGGAGGACCAUGGGAUGCUUAGCGACCACGCACUCCAAAGCUAUCCACAAGAUCGACAUCCCUUCCUUUGACUGGCCCAUUGCACCGUUCCCACGGCUAAAAUACCCUCUGGAAGAGUUUGUGAAAGAGAACCAGCAGGAAGAAGCCCGCUGUCUGGAAGAGGUGGAGGAUCUGAUUGUGAAAUAUCGGAAAAAGAAGAAGACGGUGGCCGGGAUCAUCGUGGAGCCCAUCCAGUCUGAGGGUGGAGACAACCACGCGUCUGAUGACUUCUUCCGGAAGCUGAGAGACAUCUCCAGGAAGCAUGGCUGUGCCUUCUUGGUGGACGAGGUCCAGACAGGAGGGGGCUGCACCGGCAAGUUCUGGGCCCACGAGCACUGGGGCUUGGCCGACCCCGCGGACGUGAUGACCUUCAGCAAGAAGAUGAUGACCGGGGGCUUCUUCCACAAAGAGGAGUUCAGGCCCAAUGCUCCGUACCGGAUCUUUAACACCUGGCUGGGGGACCCAUCCAAGAACCUGCUGCUGGCCGAGGUCAUCAACAUCAUCAAGCGGGAGGACCUGCUGAACAACGCAGCGCAUGCUGGGAAGGCCCUGCUGACGGGGCUGCUGGACCUCCAGGCCCGGUACCCCCAGUUCAUCAGCAGAGUGAGAGGACGAGGCACCUUUUGCUCCUUCGACACUCCUGAUGAAACCAUACGGAAUAAACUCAUUUUAAUAGCCAGAAACAAAGGCGUGGUGUUGGGAGGCUGCGGGGACAGAUCCAUUCGGUUCCGCCCCACUCUGGUCUUCAGGGAUCACCACGCGCACCUGUUCCUCAAUAUUUUCAGCGACAUCUUAGCAGACUUCAAGUAAAGAAGCCAUUUCCACUACACUCUGAGAAAGCCCCGAUCUCAACUGUUGUCAAAUUGAUUAGUUUGCCUAAUUCAUGUUUUCACUUAAAGUAUCAGAGGCGAAUGCGUAAA